AUGCCCACCAAUUCGCCUCCACCCCAACAACAGCAACAACAACAACAUCAUCAUCCCCAACAUACCACCCUCCUCACCCAACUGCAACAAUCCAAAGAAAAAACAAGAAUCCUUCUCUUCGGCUGCCAAUCCCCUACCUUCACACCCACCCAAUUCCACCUCCUCCGAGAUACCAUCCACUCCCAUCCAGAGAAUCACUGGGUGCUGGACGCUUUCGCCUCACUUCCAGAUUAUUUCCACCACUUCAACACCUACAUCCCUUGUCUCCGGCAACGCCUCCCAAACACAGAGACUAAGCUCCGCGAACUCUGUCGCUGGGUUUUAGGUCCCAAUGUGCAGAUUCAAGAGGAGUGGUUCCCCCUGCCGUAUGUAUUGCAUGCGCCGUUGUUCAUGGUGGGGCAUUUGGUGCAGUUUGGGGAGUUUUUGAGACUUCAGGAUUGGGGUAAAGGGGGCGGGAAUGGGGAUGGGGUGGAGAUUGUGGGCUUUUGUAUUGGGUUUUUGAGCGCUGCUGUGGCGGCUGCCACCGUGGCUGAAGGGAAAGGGCUAGAUGGGUUGAAGGUUUGGGGGGCGGUUGGGGUACGGUUGGCGAUGUUGCUUGGGGUUAUGGGGGAUGCGAUGGAGGCGGAGAGGAGGUUUACGUCUGUUACUGUUGGGUAUGGAGAGGAUGAGGGUGUGUUGGAGGGGGUGCUGGGAAGAUUUCCUGAGGCGUACGUCACGGUUCGAUAUGAUGAUAAUCGUAGCACGAUUAUGGCUCCGAGGAGUAGUCUCUCUUCCCUACUACAAGCCUUGCAUGGCGUUGGACUUUCGGCUGCCCAUAUCGACUUUAACGGCCGAUACCACUGGUCCGGACACCAUGAUACCCUCGAUGCGCUCUAUGCUCUCUGCGAUGCACAUUCUACGCUGCAGCUCCCUGAUGCAUCCCAGAUUAAGCAUCAAACAUGGCCGAACAUCACCGGCGAGCCUAUACAGUUUGGGCCCCUCCACCGCCUUGUCCUACAAUCCGUCCUCUCCCAGCAGUGCAUGUGGUACCAGACAUUCUCAUCAAUAUACCACUCACAUCUACAAAACACCAACGCGAUCGUGAUAGAAUUCGGCCAUGAGCGCUGCAUCCCUCCUUCCUUCCACCGCAAUCUACGCGACCGUAUCAUCCACUUCGACGACCUCCAGCUCGACAUCUACCCCCGAAUCAUCUCACCAUUGCACCCGCCUCGCAUUUACGAUGACGAUAUCGCAGUAGUCGGAAUGGCAGUUCGCGUCGCGGGCGCAGACGACCUCGACGAGUUCUGGCAGUUGCUCUGCGCUGGCAAGUCCCAGCAUGGGAAGCUCCCUCCGGAGCGAUACAAAGACUAUGAGACGCCGUGGCGGCCAGAUGCCACGACUCGGCCCUGGUUGGGGAAUUUCAUCUCCGAUAUCGAUGCCUUCGAUCACAAGUUCUUUAAGAAGGUACCCCGAGAGGUGAUGGCCCAAGAUCCCCAGCAGAGGCUGCUUCUUCAGGUGGCGUAUCAGGCACUGGAACAAGCGGGAUACUUUCCUCACAAGAAGAAUAUCACUAAAGAGAUAGGAUGUUAUGUAUCUUGUUGCACAGUGGACUACGAACAUAACGUCAACUGCCAUCCAGCCAGCGCCUACGCCGCCACAGGCCUGCUGAGGAGCUUCAUCGCCGGCAAACUGAGUCACUACUUCGGCUGGCGCGGACCAGCUCUAUGUAUCGAUACGGCGUGCUCCGGAUCUACUGUCGCAUUACACCAUGCGUGUCGAGCCAUCAUGAACGGCGACUGUAAGGCAGCCUUAGUCGGCGGAGCGAACUGCAUCACUAGUCCGCUGGGAUUUGACAACCUGAAUGGCGCGUCGUUUCUCUCUCCCACAGGGCCAUGCAAACCAUUCGACGCUAAGGCGGACGGGUACUGCCGCGGCGAAGGGGUCGCGGCGAUCUUCAUCAAACGGAUGUCCGAUGCGGUCAGAGAUGGGGAUCAUAUUCUGGGAACGAUUGCUGGUACAGCCGUCGAGCAAAAUGAUAGUUGUACUCCUGUCGUGGUGCCGCAUGCGGGAUCGUUGGCAGGGUUGUUUGAAAAGGUUACGAGACGAGCAAGGAUUCAUCCACUACAUGUGUCGGUUGUGGAGGCGCAUGGGACGGGCACGCAGGCGGGGGAUCCGGCAGAGUAUGCCAGUGUCAGUGAGGUAAUGGCUGGGAGUGUGAGGAGGAAGGGGAGGCUGUCGCUGGGAUCGGUGAAAGGCUUAGUAGGGCAUACAGAGGGGGUGUCGGGGAUGGUGGCGCUGGUGAAGGUGCUGCUGAUGAUCCAUGAGGGGAUGAUCCCCCCGCAGCCUGGCUUUGAGAAGUUGAACCCGCAUAUCAAGGCUGAUGGAAUGAUUAAAAUUCCCACCGCGUUAGAAGGUUGGGCAGAGGAGUAUCGCGUCGCGUUAAUUAAUAACUAUGGGGCAUGUGGGUCGAAUGCCUCCGUUGUGGUUACGCAGGCUCCUGUGUCUGGGGAGCAGGUCAGUACUGUGCAUCGAGACGGGCUCUCACUGCCGUUCAGGUUGUGUGGGUUGGAUGAGACUAGGAUCCGCGACUAUGCGCGACGACUGCGGCAGUUUCUGCAGAGAAAGGCACUGUCCUCAAAACACGCCUCUUCCUUGGCUAAUAUCUCCUUUAGCGCCUGUCGCCAAAUGAAUCCGACGUUGGACUGUCAACUUGUCUUCAGUUGCUCAUCGAUACAUGAACUGGAUGCAAAACUAGCUUCUGUAGCCGACGGGCAGGACAUACUGUUCAUCCGGCCGAAGAAGCAUGUAUCCCCCGUUGUGCUCUGCUUCGGAGGCCAAGUGUCCACCUUCGUGGGCCUAGACCGCACCGUUUACGACACCAUGCGCGUGUUCCGCGACCAUCUGGACGAAUGCGACCGUCUACUUCGGCUAUCUGACUAUCCCAGCCUCUAUCCCAGCAUCUUCGAGCACACCCCAAUCACAGACCACGUUAAGCUGCAAACACAGCUCUUCUCACUGCAGUACGCGUGCGCGCGCUCUUGGAUGGACUGCGGUGUUCUCGUUUCUGCCGUUGUUGGCCACAGCUUCGGCGAGCUCACAGCCAUGUGCGUAUCUGGCGUAUUAUCUCUCGCAGAUGCAUUGGCCUUAAUCGCCCACCGCGCUCGUCUUAUCCGUGAUAAUUGGGGCACCGAUCCCGGCGGGAUGAUAGCGGUCGAAGGCGACCAGGUGGAUAUCGACGGUCUUCUAAGCCAGUCUACGAAGGCAACACCCACUGGCGUAGCCCCCGUAGGCAUUGCUUGCUUUAAUGGUUCUCGUAGCUUCACACUCGCUGGUCCCACAGUAGCAAUAAGCGUAGUCCAGCAGACUCUCACGACGCACCACACGUUCUCGCGUCUCCGGUGGAAGCGACUAGAUGUCACCAAUGCCUUCCAUAGUACAUUAGUUGAGCCUCUCAUGUCUGAUCUGCACAAAAUAACGCAGGAAUUGACGCUCAGCGAGCCGCACAUCCACCUAGAACGCGCGACGGAGCAUGCGGUAUCCGGUUUGCCGCCUAAACGUAUAGUAGCAGAUCACCUACGGCACCCUGUGUAUUUCGGCCAUGCUGUUGAGCGUCUGGCUGCGAAGUACCCCUCUUGUCUCUGGCUAGAAGCGGGUUCCGGAUCAACAAUUACGCUGAUGGUUAGUCGCGCUUUAGAGGCCUCCAGCCCGAAUCAUAAAUUCCAAGCUGUCAAUAUCACCGGGCAGAACGGUGUCGGCGACUUGACGGACGCCACGAUAGGCCUUUGGAAAGAGGGUGUGCCCACUACGUACUGGGCACACCACUUCACCCAAACCCCAGAUUACGGCAUUAUAUUAUUACCGCCGUAUCAGUUUGAGAAGAGUCGACAUUGGAUGGAUAAUAAGCCUUUGCCGAUAGUUACACCUCAACAGAUCAAUUCUCAAACAUUAUCUGGUCAUGUAGGCGCGCGGACAACUCCUCUUGCUCCAGCGUCGCAUAUGCUGGACAACGUUGUAGAAGCACUGCGGAGCCUGCCAGAAGGACGAGGGAAGAUUCCACAAGUGCGGAAUGUAACAAGCGAUGCACCACUUGGGCUUGACAGCCGAGAUGUCUAUAUCCUGCUGCACCGCCAGAGCAAGGAAAAAUUCAUCUGGGAUAUGAAAUAUAUCAGCGAAGAUAGCCAGAAAGGUGCUCGCUCUCAACUGGAGCAUUGCGUCGCCCAGAUAAAAAUGUUUGAUCCCGACGACGCUGACCUUUCUUCCGAGUUUGCUCGCUACGGUCGCCUGAUAAAUCAUCGACGCUGUCAGGAACUUCUCAACGAUCCAAAUGUAGAUGAUGUGCUGCAAGGCCGCAAUAUCUACCGAUACUUCUCCGAAGUCGUUGACUAUUCUGAGAAAUAUCGCGGGGUGACAAAACUAGUAGGCAAAGGGCACGAAUCCGCCGGGCGCGUAGUCAAGAAAUAUUUAGCUGAGACUUGGGCUGACACAUUCCUCUGCGACUCCUUUAGCCAGGUUGGCGGGUUCUGGGUGAAUUGCAUGACAGACCGGUUGCCAUCGGAAAUCUAUAUCGCUAGUGGAAUGGAACGGUGGAUGCGCACGCCGUUGUACGCGGACCCGGAGACACCGCGACCGGAAACAUGGGAUGUUUUAGCGACACAUGAGCAAUCGGAUGGGUUUUAUAUCAGCGAUAUCUUUGUUUUUGAACCUUGCAGUGGUCGAUUGGUGGAGAUAUUCACCGGCAUGAAAUACUCGCGUGUGCCGAAAGCGAUGUUCUGCAAGAUCCUUGCCAGGUUGAACUUGGGCGAUUCCCAGAACGACCGGGCGCCACUGGCAGAUAGAAAACAAAAACACAAGAAUGCGGAUCUGCCCGCACGCAUCAAGUCGGUGGUGGCUGACUUUUGCGCCGUAGACCCCAGCGAAAUUCGCGAUGAUAAUAACAUAGCAGAUGCGGGCGUGGAUUCUUUGAUGGCGAUGGAAAUGGCGCGAGAGUUGGAAGAAGCCUUCAACUGUACCCUACCAGCCACGGCCUUGAUGGAGGCAGAGACAUUCCGCGAGCUUGUCGUUGCAGUGCAGAAAGCGAUGGGAUUAGACAUCAAUAACCAAGAAGAGAGCAUUGAUAGCAACACUACAUCCGACAAUGGUGGCCAAGAUACCGAUUCGGUCGAUGUGUCUUCUGAAACAAAUACCAGCGCCAGCACAGACACCACAGAACUCCAUUUACCUGAAGAAAUUGUCCUAAAGGCUUUCGGUGAAACCAAAGCCUUAACCGAUCAGUUCCUGUCGGAAAAUCACUGCAGUGGGCGUGUCCACAACUUCAAUCCUCUCCAAAUGCAGCUCUGCGUCACCCUCACGCUAGAGGCGUUCGAGGUUCUAGGCUCGCACAUACGCAUCACGCAGCCAGGAGCACAUCUUGACCGCAUUCCUCAUGACCCCCAGCAUCAAGAGUUGGUCGACUACUUAUACCGACGGCUAGAAGAAGCCCGUCUUGUGGACAUGGAAGGGACGGUCGCGAUCCGCACAGGAGUCGCAUGGACCGACAAGUCUAGUGCCACAAUCCUAGAAGAUAUUAACCGUAGCUAUCCUGAAUUCGCAGGUGCUAGCAAGCUUGCCUUCUACACAGGGAGCAAGCUGGCUUCUGUCCUGCGCGGUAACCAGGACGGCCUUCAGCUUAUCUUCGGAACCAAAGAGGGACAAGAACUUGUUUCCUGGAUGUACGGCGAUGAGUCUCACAAUGUCACCGGGUACAAGCAAAUGUUGAAUUUUAUUCAGCGUCUGGCGAGUAAACUUGACAAAAACUCAGGGGGGGCACUUAGGAUCCUCGAGAUGGGUGCCGGUACUGGGGGUGGUACCAAGUGGCUGCUUCCAGGUCUCGCUAAACUUGGAAUUCCUGUUGAGUAUACGUUCAGCGAUAUAUCGCCUGCUUUCUUGGCUCAAGGUCGUCGGCGGUUCAAAGACUACUCAUUUGUAAGGUAUAGAGUGCACGAUAUAGAGAAGGCGCCAGCCGAUGAUCUCGUCGGGACCCAGCACAUCAUUAUCGCGAGCAAUGCUGUGCAUGCGACAUCAAACCUUCAAGUCUCAACUAGUCAUAUGCGAGAAGCAUUACGGCCUGAUGGGGUGGUCAUGAUGCUCGAGAUGACCCGACCGCAAUUUGCCAUUGACAUAGUAUUCGGACUCUUUCGCGGUUGGUGGGUGUUUAAUGACGGCCGCACUCAUGCCAUUACCAGCGAGCGACGCUGGGAGACAGAUUUGCAUGCCGUUGGGUAUGGUCAUGUCGACUGGACAGAUGGUUAUUCACCGGAAGUGAGUGUUCAACGCGUCAUUUUUGCCACAUGCACGGGAAAUCAAAACGCACGUCUGCCUCUGGGCCCAAAACCAGAAAGCAUAGAUCUUCUCGUGGGAAUUGACUCCGCCGCUCGUAGACAAACUACUGAUAGAUACAUUUCGCGCGCUAUUGAAGGUUUCAUGGUUCCUGUACCUGGUGCAGGGACUGUUUCAGGCUCUGUAGGGGUGUUGGUCACUGGAGCCACUGGCAGCCUGGGUAGUCAUCUCGUGGCACACCUGGCUCGGAUGAAGAAAGUUGAACGCAUUUACUGCAUCAACAGAGGUUGUGUGGAGCAACCAAUGCAGCGGCAAAGACGGGCACUGGCCGAUCGCGGCAUAACUUUGACUGCAGACGAGUGGGACAAAGUGAGAGUUCUUGCCAUGGAAGAUGGAGAGUCAUUCCUAGGACUUCCAAUUGAGCAGUAUGAUACAUUGAAGAGAGUUAUAACGCAUAUUAUCCACAACGCUUGGCCCAUGAAUGGAGCAAAGAGCGUAGCGGCCUUCGAAUCGCAGUUUCGGAUGAUGAGAAGCUUGGUUGAUUUAGCUUGCGAAAUAUCUUCGCUUUGUUCGCCUGACGAUCGCAUUGGGUUCCAGUUUAUAUCAUCUAUCGGAACAGUCGGUCAUAGCCCCUUGUUGACUGGCGAGGCAACUGUCUUAGAAGCCCACGGCACGAUCGACUGGGCAUUGACUAACGGUUACGCGGAAGCCAAAUUUGUCUGCGAGCAAAUCCUUCUCCAGACCUUAUGUCAACACCCUCACCGAUUCAACGCAAUGGUAGUGAGACCCGGACAAAUAGCAGGAUCAUCCACAAGUGGGUACUGGAAUGCUGUAGAGCACUUUCCGGCUCUCCUUAGAUCCGCCGAAACAUUGAAGAUCCUCCCUUCAUUGGAUGGGGUGCUAUCCUGGACACCGGUGAAUAUCGUUGCAGCCACCCUAUCGGACCUUCUCUUUACAAAAGAUCCCCACUCAAUAUACCAUAUUGAUAAUGCGGCCCGUCAGUCGUGGUCUGAUAUGAUAAGGCUCCUCGCGCAAGAGUCGAACAUUCCACCGGACAACAUUAUUCCAUUUCCCGAAUGGAUCCAACGAGUCAAAGAAUUCCCCGGAACGCGAGAAGACAACCCUGCCAGUGUGAUGACAGAUUGGCUGAGUGAUAAUUUUGAGCGCAUGUCGUGCGGGGGGCUGUUGCUGGACACUUCGCGUGCACGCGAAAGGUCGCCUUCGCUACGGGCACUGGGCCCUGUGGGCGAGGAGGUGGUGCGUCGGUAUAUUCAAAACUGGAGGAAAACUGGUUUUCUGCAUUGA